UUUUGUUGCGAUUUCACAGUAAGUUUUGCUUCAAUUUCAGGUUACUGUGUGCCGACACAGAAACCCGAAGGUAAAGUCGCACCUGAAGUGGUCCUGGAAAACUUUUCGAAGCUCUGUAACAAAGGACCCGAAGUUUGGUGCCAAAAUCCUCUGACUGCUAAGCAAUGUGGCGCCUUGGAUCAUUGCAUACAGACCGUCUGGGAGAAACAAUCAUUGGAUGUCGAUUCGAGCCACUAUUGUCAAAGCUGUAUGAACUUUGUUAUCAACACCAAAGAUUUCCUAGCCAAGAACGCCACUGUUGAUCAGGCCAAGGUUAUCUUUGACACGAUCUGUUUGAUAGCUCCUUCAAUCUUGUCGCCGGAAUGUAAGUAUGUGGUUGACAAAAGCCUUCCGGAGCUGCAGAAGUACAUCGAGACUGUGAGUCCGCACACUUUCUGCGCCACACUCAUGCUCUGCAACAGCCAACGCAACCAAGUCUACUUGAAUUUCAGAGGAAUCGAGACGAAAUCACUUCUGGAAGCUGUUACGACGCCGACCACUGAAAUUUCGACAACCACUAGCAGUGAAACCUCGGAACCGACGGAUUUGACAUGCGCCAAUUGCCAUUCCUUCUUCACCACCAGCAAAUAUAUGUAUGAAGAUUCCAAACCAGAUGAUAACCUCAAUGGAAUGCUCAGGCUUUGUGGCCAACUUAGUUCGUUCUCAGACUUCUGUUCAGCUCUUGUCCAGACGAACUUCAAUUUGAUCAACGAAAGGAUCAAGGCAGCCAAACCUCAGGACUUCUGUCACUACAUUCCCGACUGCAACAAGAGAAUUCAUUUCCAAGUGCCAACUACGGACCUGAUUCAGGCGCAAAAAGACGCGCCCAAGGCGGCCAAUGACGAGACGUGUGACUUCUGUGUGGCCGUGGUGCAACACCUCAGGGACAUUGUGAUCGCCAACACGACCAAGGCCGAAUUCCACAAAGUGCUCAACGGACUCUGCAACCAACUCGGAAACUAUAGGCAAGAGUGCUCCGAAAUGGUGGACCAGUACUUCGAGAUCAUCUACAUGUUCUUGACCGAAGAGCUUGAUGGAAAGGAACUGUGCACUGAAAUCAAGAUCUGCCCCAAAAUUUCCAAGGAUCUCCCUGUUAUCGGACGUGAUGAAGCCAAGGCUAUUGAAGUGGCAAAGAACAAGGAUAAGCCUGAACUGCAUAAAGAUGAUUCUACACAUGGACUUCACCUUCUUGGAGCUAACAAGUGCACAUGGGGACCGAACUACUGGUGUUCAAAUUUCAGAACCAGCAAGGAUUGCAAAGUGCCAGUGAAGCUCUGCAUUCCAACCUGGGAGCAGACGAAGCUGGCUGAAGACAACGGCGAAAUUUGCAAAGUUUGUAAGGAUAUGAUUCAACAAGCCAGAGAUCAGCUCAACAGCAAUGAGACACAGGAGGAACUGAAGGAAGUGUUUGAGGGCUCGUGCAAUCUGAUCCCGGUGAAGAUGGCGCGCAAGGAGUGCAUCAAAGUGGUGGAUGAGUUUGUACCGGAGCUGGUGGAGGCGCUGUCCUCGCAGAUGAACCCACAGAUUGUCUGCGCCACCGCCGGACUCUGCAACAACGCCAAGAUGGACCUCCUCUACGAGAAACUCAAGAGGGAAGAAAUGGAAGAGAAGGAGAAGACGAAACUAGUGGACUUGCCGAUCGAGCGCAUGUUCCCAGUGAUUCCCACGACAGCCGUCUACAACCAGAAGGCCGUGUCACGUGCCAGCGAGGCCUGCGAACUGUGCGAGCUGUUCCUGCACUUCACACAGCAGCAGAUCACUCUGCCAGCCAACGAACAGGAGAUCAAGAAGGUCGUGGACCAGGUGUGUCUCAAGAUGGCCUCAACAGUCGCCAGCCAGUGCUCCAAGUUUGUCGCCGAGUAUGGAGACGCGUUCAUUGCCCUCUUGGCGCAGCGCAUUGAUCCCAGUCAGGUCUGCCCGAAGAUUGGCGCUUGCAUGCAGCUGAUUGACAAUGUAAAGCCAACCUGCCCCAUGUGUAUGCUUGCUGUCAGAUCGUUGGAGGAGACUGUUGCUAACAACAAGACCGAGGAAAGCAUCAAACACGGCCUGGACAACUUGUGCUCGCACCUGGGCGCCGAGAUGCGGAAGGACUGCGAGCGCUUCGUGAACACAUUCACCGAGGACAUCGUGAACGCAGUGAUGGCCGACUUCAACGAGAAGGAGGUGUGCGCCUACCUCAAGAUGUGCAGCGCCGAGGUGAUGUCAACCGAUGUUGUCACCUUCGAUCCCCACGCGACCAACAAGCCUGCAACUGAAACUGUUGCUACCAAAAAGCCUGCAACUGAAACUGUUGCUACCAAAAAGCCGGAAACUGAAACUGUUGCUACCAAAAAGCCGGAAACUGAAACUGUUGCCACCAAGAAGCCGGAAACUGUUGAAAAGACUACACCUGUGAAUAUCGAGACGAACGAGGUACAUGAUGAUGUUACAGUUGGCGACAACAAACAAAAGUGUGUCCUGUGUGAAUUCGUCUUGCAGAGAAUUGACAACGAACUGAAGGAUAAGAAAACUGAGGACGAGAUCAAGCACGCAAUCCACACGGCGUGCAGCCACAUGCCACACACAGUCGUGAAUCAGUGCAACCAGUUCAUCAACCAGUACGCCGACCUGAUCUUCGACCUGCUGGCCGACAGCCUCGAACCCAAGCAGAUCUGCACCAAGAUCGGACUCUGCAAGAACGACACCGUCGUUGAGGUUUCUUACCGUACAAGGUGCCUCGCCUGUGAGGCUUUGCUUGGUUCUCUGCAAGCGAUAUCCGAAGAUCCAAUCGUGAGAUCAUCGUUGAAUGGAGAACUGAUCGACUUUUGUGACCAGCUUCCACCGAAAAUGCAUUCUCCGUGCAAAGAUGUGGUAAUGCAACUGGCUCCUCAAAUGGAAACUAUUCUACAAGAGAUUCCACUGGGCCCAAUCGUCUGCUAUCGAGCGAAGAACAUUUGCCGUCCUUAUCACGAGAGCGGCAUCCACACUCAUGUCAUGGCGGCGGGUUGCGAGAAAGGACCUGAUUUCUGGUGCAAGACAACUUCUAACGCUGUGCUCUGCGGCACUUCGGCCAUCAAACACUGCCAGGAGAAAUUUUGGAAAGCUGAGAAACCAGGCUACAGGAAGAAACUCAAUAAUAAUCUGAUUUAAAUCCAGGUUAUAUGAUUUAGAGAUUACUUUGGUUUUUCAUUAUCCUAAAAUUUUUCUACUUAUAAUUUAGAGUACAUGGAUUCUGGCCUGAUCGUUAGAUAUCAGACAUUUUAGUUUCUUAGUUCUCAGAUUUGGCAGAUUUCAGUAAGGUAGUUCCUAGAAUUCUAAUGCUCUGAUUUUUGGUUUGUAGAUUUUAUUAAUUUCCUUUUGUAAGUAGCCUACUUGAAUUUGGGAAAAUUGCUGUAGUAUUUAGUUGUUACUAGUGGUCCAAUACUACCUAGCAAUUCGUUAGAAAAUUUGUGAAUUGAACAACAGUUUAGAGUUCUUGAUAUUUGUUUUCAUAGUGAAAUUGACCAUAUUUUAGUCUUUAUGAGAAAGUUAUUCAAAUGAAGAUCAUUUCCAUGGAAUAGGAUUUGAAAAUUCGACUGAGUCAUUGUCAAUAUUGUAGAUCCGUUCCAUAAUUGAAUAAAAACACAAAUAUGUUGUCAAAUUCUACACAGUUUUAUCCGGUACACGAGCAUGGUUUCGUGACCACACCGGUCACAUUUUCAAGUUGACUAAAGCUAAGAGGUUAAGGUACCAAUUCAUAUUCAAUGUUUACCUUAACCUUUUAGCUUUAGUCAACUUGAAAAUGUGACCGGUGUGGUCACGAAACCAUGGUCGUGUACCGAAUAAAACUGUGUAGAAUUUGACAACAUAUUUGUGUUUUUAUUCAAUUAAGAAUAGGAUAUUCCUGAUUAAAAACUUGAGAACUUAAAUAUUAGAUGCAUACUUCUAUUUGCAAAAAAUAUAUACCGUACAUCAUCUUAUUCUUAAAAGCUAUAGAAGAACUCGUGUGAUUCUUGAUGUGAUCUAUUUUUAAUAAAGUGGUUGAUCUUACACCAAA